AUGGUCGCAGCAAAGAAGCACGUCCCGAUCGUGAAGAAGCACACCACGCGCUUCAACCGCCAUCAGUCCGACCGCUUCAAAUGCGUCGACCCCAGCUGGAGGAAGCCUAAGGGCAUCGACAACAGGGUUAGGAGGCGAUUCAAGGGUCAGGCGGCUAUGCCAAAGAUCGGAUACGGCAACAACAGGAAGACCCGCCACAUGAUGCCUUCCGGCCACAAGGCGUUCCUCGUUAACAACACCCGCGACCUCGACCUUCUCCUCAUGCACAACAAGACCUACGCCGCAGAGAUCGCACACGCCGUCUCGUCGAGGAAGCGGAUAGAGAUUGUUGCGCGCGCCAAGCAGCUCGGUGUGAAGGUGACGAACGGCAAGGCGAAGAUUGCGACUGAGUCUUGA